AUGGAUUCAUCCUGUUUUGAUCUUCCUCCCGAAGAAGCGAUACGGUUCCGGGAUCUGUGCCGAAAGGAGGGGUUAUCUUAUGUUCAACUGAUCGCGCCCGCCACCUCCGAUUCUCGAAUGAAACUGCUCUGUAAAAUCCCUGAUUCCUUUAUUUACGUCGUUUCUCGAAUGGGUGUUACAGGUGCAACUGGGAAACUAAGCAAAGGUCUCCCGGAGCUCCUUGCUCGGGUUCACUCCUACUCCGGCAACAUCCCCACUGCGCUAGGAUUCGGCAUAAGUACCAGAGAGCAUUUUUUGAAAGUGCAGGAGAUCUCUGAAGGCGCGGUCAUCGGCAGCCAGAUUAUCACGGUCCUGGGCGAAGCACCCGCUGGCCAACGAGUCCAGAAGAUCGAAGAAUAUUGUACCAGUAUCACAGGGAGGAAAGUGGAACGUAACACAGAGCCUGAGCCUUUGACUCGAGAAGUGGGUCUUACUGAAGCUCUCGCUCACGCCCAGGAGCCAACGAAUGCACAGGUUGAUGAAGUGGUUGCCAAUGACAAAAAGCCUGGAGCCGGCCUGGUGGAUCAGUUGGAAGCACUCAAUGUGACCGGAGAUCAGGCCGCAAUGCCUGCUCGCUUUGGCGAGUUUGGUGGGCAGUACGUGCCAGAGUCCCUCAUGGACAACCUCUUAGAGCUCGAAGCAGGUUUCAACGAGGCUAGGAAUGACCCCAAAUUCUGGGAGGAGUUUCGGUCAUACUACCCAUAUAUGAGUCGGCCUAGCAGCCUGCAUCUUGCGGAGCGCCUGACCAAAUAUGCUGGCGGAGCCAACAUCUAUCUCAAGCGCGAAGACCUGAACCACACAGGAAGCCACAAGAUCAACAAUGCACUGGGCCAAGUUUUGCUCGCACGCCGCCUGGGCAAAACACGAAUCAUCGCAGAGACAGGGGCUGGCCAGCACGGCGUCGCCACAGCUACCGUCUGUGCGAAAUUCGGCAUGGAAUGUGUCAUCUACAUGGGGGCUGAAGAUGUCCGUCGCCAAGCCCUGAACGUAUUCCGCAUCAAACUCCUCGGAGCCAAGGUCGUCGCCGUCGAGGCUGGCUCGCGCACCCUGCGUGACGCCGUCAACGAAGCACUGCGCGCUUGGGUCGUCCACCUUGAUACAACACACUACGUAAUCGGCUCAGCCAUCGGACCGCACCCCUUCCCCACCAUCGUUCGCACCCUACAAUCCGUUAUCGGCGAAGAGACCAAGGAGCAAAUGCAAAAGCUAACAGGCAGGCUACCCGAUGCCGUAGUCGCAUGCGUAGGCGGCGGCAGCAACGCCGUCGGCAUGUUCUACCCCUUCACUAAAGACCCCAGCGUCAGGCUUCUAGGUGUCGAAGCCGGCGGCGACGGCACCGACACGGCCCGGCACUCCGCGACUCUCUCGCACGGCUCCAAGGGCGUCCUGCACGGCGUGCGCACUUACAUUUUGCAAAACGAAGAUGGCCAGAUUGCAGACACGCACUCCAUCUCCGCAGGCCUCGACUAUCCCGGUGUUGGCCCAGAGCUCUCGUCUUGGAAAGACCAGUCGCGCGCGCAGUUCAUUGCUGCGACGGAUGCACAGGCGCUGCAAGGCUUCCGGCUCAUUACGGAGCUGGAGGGUAUCAUCCCUGCGCUGGAGUCGUCACAUGCAGUGUUUGGCGCGGUGGAGCUGGCGAAGACGAUGAAGAAAGGCGAGAACAUCGUGCUGAAUUUGAGUGGGAGGGGCGAUAAGGACGUGCAGAGUGUGGCGGAUGCGUUACCGGAGCUAGGGCCGAAGAUUGGAUGGGAUUUGAGGUUUUGA